CGUUUUUCUUUUUCCAAAAAAAAAAUACUUGAUUUAAUAUUAAUCUUCAAGUAUAUCUAAUUAUCCGACCCAAACUAAAAAAAUAAAAAUGCAACUAGCGGGAGACAUUCCCUCAAAGUGCCGCAAAAAAAAUGAAAACCCGUCUUAUGAAAAACCGCGGACAAAUUUACAUGGUUGCAUAAUAUUAGGUGGUCUAAGAUAAAGAGCAAAAAGUCUUUUUAUCUUUUUCUUUAUUGUCACUUUAUUCCCAUUUUUAAUAUAGAAACAUUUCAAAUUAUAAUCAUGUCUGCAUCGGUUCGUCAGGUUUCAUCGCUUUUCAAGAUUGGUCGCUGGGCUGCUCUGGGCGCCGGUCUCUCAUACGGCUACGUCCAUGCCCGUAGUCUGAAGAAGGACGCCGACGUCAGACAUAUUGAGCAGGAGUACGAGCGCAAGGUCGCUCUGAUUGAGGAGGCCAGGAAGAAGUUUGCCGAGUCCAAGGCGACUCCCGAUAACAGCAGCGGCGCAAAGUUCAACUUUGACGACCCCAACUUUGACGCUGACAAGUGGGCCAAACACCUCGAGUCCAAGUUCAAGUAAAACUUGACUAGAAUAUUAAAUUUGUAACGUUUAAAGGAUGGAAAUAAAAAAUUAAACAUGGAAAAACGUUCAUUUUCUUUUUUUUCUUAUGAUC